UCGGCCCCCCGUCUGCUCCCCCGCCCCCGAAGGAGGAAAAUAAUGGAGAAAAUUCAUUCUCAACGCCACCUACACACACGGAAAGAGAGAUCAGGCCAUGAAAUACCUUACUUCGUAAUGUACCUGAUCCAUCCACCAUCCAUCCAUCGGGAUCCCAUAACAAGUCUAUCUACUACUAGCAGCCGAGUCUACAUCCAUCUACUUUUCACCCGAAUACCUACUACUCCUCCCAUAUCCAACCCAUCGAAACCGAAUAGCUACUAUACUACUCCGCACAUAAUCACCUCUUCAAAACUAAGAUUCCACCCGAAUAGCCAAGCAAAGUACCACCCAACUAAGCAGGCAAGGUAUAAUCCCCAGGUCCACCCCUCGGCAAAAUCCUCGAUUUGCCAAGAAUGUGUUUUCCCCCUAACUAACUAACCUGAACCCCGGCAACAACAUGUGGCAGCUGAUGCCGCAGAGACUUUUCUUUUUCCUUUUCCUUUUUCUGUCUUCUUUUUUUCAGUUUUUUCUUUUCUUU